AUGGUUGAGGAGUACCCUUCCGAGGAGAGGACCGAGCCCUUCUCUCAGUCGGAGAUCAAUCUUCGGCUGCAGAAGAGUGUUCGGGUCGAGGAGAGUUUCGAUAGCGUCCAAGAUGACACGGUGCCCCUGGACCACCUCGUCAUCGAUGACCAACACCACAAGCAGGGCAUCCGCAUACUGGUCAGACCUCUCACCCGAAGCCGUUCAGUCAGUCCAGGUAGUGACAACUGCGAGUGGCUGGCGUUGCGCGCCGAAGUUGCAGACCCCCAAAGACCAAAGUCUCGGGUCUUGGCGGUGACUCAGACCUCCAAAGAUAUCAACUUCUCGCUAAGGAUACCCGGCGAGACUGGCGUCGAGGAGACGCGCCCGCCGCUAUGGUGUGAACUCUACUACGAUCCGGCUAGUGACAACCAGAUUCUCCUCAACAGAUCUGAUGUCCCCAUCACGCUGGCGCGGAUAUCCCCUUCAGAUCAUGAGGGGGAAGAAUACGACCAAGAGAUCGUACCAGGCACCACCAAGGAGCUUUUCCCCGCAUCAUGGAGAAUAAGCCUCUAUGGCACAGCUAUUAUGGACUUCAGGAUACUGGCCAAACGUCCUGCCUCGCUCUGGUUGCCGCGUGAGGACUCAAACUCGACGUUUGUUCUCAGCAGUAAUGAGUUGAGAAACUCAUCUGGGAAAAGAUCUUUCUCAUCCGAGGAUGGUGGCAAAGAGGACGAAAAUGCUGAGAAGCGACUUCGCACGGACGACAAAUCCGAUAAGGACGACGACGGGGUCAUCAUGUUCUACCCGCGCACAACAGCAGAGCCCUUGGUAUUUCCUCUGCCCCAUGCCGGUAAAGCAAAAGAGGUUGUCAUCCCCAAUGGCCACGCCCUCUUGGAAGUCCGGAAGGAUGAGACUGUGUCGAUCCCCGGUGGUUGCGAGCUCGACCAGUACCAGCUGACGAAGCGUGAUCAAAUCGCCACUACCGCAGCCUCUUCGGUUUUCACUGCAGAGCACUCUGAUGUGCCGGACGGGGUGAUUACAGUGAAAGUUCUCAAGACGGGGCCUAGCAAGCCAGACGCCAAGCCGCAGGAUAGUCAUCGGAAUGUCAUUCGCCAGGCCGAUAUUUGGCUGCGUGAGUAUAGGAGCCAGGAGGAUCUGAAGCACGAAUCUAUCGUAAGACUGUAUGGUGGAGAUGCACGAUACCUGUCGCUAUACAUGGAGCAUGUUGACGGCAAGGACCUGGCCGCUCGAGGUGUCUGGCGCGAUGCUGCAAACGACACUUUUGUGGGCGACAGAGGCGAUGCGAUACGUAUUCUCAAGGAUAUUGCGGGCGCACUCAACUACGUGCAUCAGAGGAAACGGGUGCACAACGAUAUCAAACCGGCUAACAUCCUCUACUCGCGAGACCGUGGUGCAGUCCUAUGCGACUUUGGCUUGUCGACUAGGACGAGUGACCUUGCAACUAAUGGUGGAACGCCAUACUAUGUGCCUCCCGAGUUCAUUGGGCAGAAACUCCGGGGAUGUCCUUCCGAUGUCUGGGCUCUCGGGGUUACGAUGCUAUAUGUUCUGAGGAAGAUCACGUUUCCGGACGCCCGCGGGAGGCAAGGUCAUCCCAAGCAGUUGUACUGGAUCAUCGCGGAGCUGAACAGGCGAACGCACCACCACCACCACCAUCAUUCCAGCAAGCAGCCUUCCGCCGUUAUACAGAUGCAGCAGUGGCUUAAUGAAGUGAACGAGGCCAAGGCGAAGCUGAACCCGCGAGAUAAGCUUCAUGGACUUGUCUCCCAAAUGUUGACUCCCAACCCGAACCAGCGCAUCACCAUGGCGAAGGUCAUGAACGAAUUAUUCAAAGAUGCCACACUCGACAAAUGA